ACUGGCACCUGAUGCAUGCAGAUCCACUCAGCAAUCAACAGAUGCACGUGAAUAAAUGCAAUCAGCCCCUCCACCACACGUCUACAUUAAUGCAUCAGAUCCUCCCGGCAGCGACCAGACGCAUCCAGCCGUGAAGGCUUUCUGUGCAUGCAUUGCGCGUCAUUUUACGGUCACAUCCAGGAUCAGAAACGGUGUGAUACCGCCAUCACUUACAUGCUUUGCCUCGGUGCUUCGUCCAUCCGCGCCGGCUCCAGCAACGCUACUGCCUUUAGUUGUUUCUGUUGGUUGCGUGGAAACUAAAGGCUGCAGCACCGAGCGAGCCCUGAACUGGAGGAGCAUUUCCAGUGGCGCGUCGCGGUUGCCAGAAGCGGCUCUCGAGCACAAGUUGAACGGGCCGCGAGAGGACCCCGAUGGAAGCGAACCAACAUCUUGGCCGGAUCCGCCUUCCGGAGAGCGCGCUGAGCUGCGGGACCAGUUCACUGUUGGGCACUUGCUGAGAUACACACCAUGGACAGGAGAGGGGACGCGACAACGACACUCAAAAGCUACUGGGGAGGUUGAUGUGGACUUCACCCCCUGCCUCCAGGUGGUCCUUCUUGGAGCAUGCCCGUAUCCCACAAUGCCCCUACUCGCAGACUGGUUACUGCGCCACUCAGUGGUCAUGUGUUUGCUGCUGCAUAGCCUGGUGCUAAUGACCUUUUGCUUCCACCAUGCUGCUACCAGUUGCUCCAAGAGCUGCUACUGCUCUGAGAGCGAGAGCAGCGGCAAGACGGUGCGCUGCAGCAAUCUGCAGCUCACAAAGAUCCCUCAGGAUAUCCCCAAUGACACACGACGCGUCUACCUGGACUUCAACCUCUUUACUACGGUCCCAGCGAAUGCUUUUGCAGGUUUGCCAUACCUGGUCGAACUGGAUCUAUCGCACAAUGAAAUAAGCCAGUUAGAGCCAGGGGCAUUCAGAGGCCUUGGCACCUCACUACAGUUACUUGACAUUUCUUCUAACAAGUUAGUCAACUUUAACCCUGAGGCCUUCGAGGGCCUGCGGUCUCGCGCCAACCUAACAAACAAUCCUUGGCAUUGUGACUGCAACUUGCAGAUGGCCAUGCCCCACGUGGACCUGGAGCCCACGUCGCUGACGGGCAUUGUGUGCCAGACAUCAGAUCCGAAGGAAAUAGGAGUUCAAGGACUUGCCUUCCUCUUGGCACCAGACAUAGACCUAUGUGUGGUGAUGAAGAGGACUACAGAUGUGGCCAUGCUGGUCGUGAUGUUCGGCUGGUUCACCAUGGUCAUCUCCUACCUGGUCUACUAUGUCAGGGCUAAUCAGGAGGACGCCCGCAGACACCUGGAGUAUCUCAAGUCGUUGCCCAGCAUACAGGGCAAGUCAGAGGAGUCUUCCACCAUUAGUACUGUGGUAUAGGGCUGAUGGAUCUACACGUGGGACCUGCAGGGAUAACCCGCGCCAAAAAGAAUGGAGCUACAACCUACAACUACGAUCAUCAUCGGAUGACUUUGUUCAGUUGUUGUCACGAAGCCACGGUGGGCAACAAGACAUGUGCAUCUGCACAAGAAAACCAGGCCUAUGCAACCUAUGAAUAAGUAAUCUUUCAGCGACCCAUUAAGAGGUUUUGUUGGCUCAGUUGAUGGUCUAGUAGUCUGUGCGCUAAAGGAGUAAAAGCAGAAGCAGGUUUUUUGAUAUAAAUGGGAUUUAUCCAGUGGUGCAUGCACCUACAGAAGAAGAGGCACCUCGCUCACACACAAAGACAACAUGAACGAUAGGAACAGGCAACGCCAGAAUGACAAUCUCCAUGUACAACUGUUUCCAUUAAAACCCUUAUGGCAUUCACUAGUAUAUUCUAAGUAAAAUGAUGUUUUCCAAUUAAAUUGUUGUUUUGGAGUUUCUCUUACUGAACAACUAUGUCAGUAACUGUGCGGUAAUUAGAAUCUGAAUGACUCUUUAGCAAAUGCAUAUUCUGCUCACUAAGCGGAUGAAUCAGAUCGCUGUGUGAUGAGGGGCUUAUCAGUUGUUACUCUGAUGUUUUUGCUAGUAGCUACCAGAGCUCCAUGCUGAUGAGAACUGCAGACCUCCAAGCUGCCUCUGUAUGUUAAGAGUAUUUGACAGGCAACCCCUGCUAGCUCACUCCCAUAACCAGACAUUAUACAGUACAGCAGUACUCUAUACUGCACUCAAAGAGUCCAUGUCAGCCCAUUGCGAGUCCGUUUCUCAAAUGCAUGGGCGUAGAAUG